GGUUUGUGCUGGCCGUGGGCAGCGCCGUCUUCGAUGCCAUGUUCAAUGGUGGGAUGGCCACGACUUCCACAGAGAUCGAGCUGCCCGACGUGGAGCCUGCUGCCUUCCUGGCUCUGCUGAAGUUUCUUUAUUCAGAUGAAGUUCAGAUCGGACCAGAGACUGUUAUGACGACCCUUUACACAGCUAAAAAGUACGCAGUGCCAGCCCUGGAAGCUCACUGUGUGGAGUUCCUGAAGAAGAACCUCCGAGCAGACAAUGCCUUCAUGCUGCUGACACAGGCGAGGCUGUUUGAUGAGCCUCAGCUGGCCAGCCUGUGCCUGGAGAACAUCGACAAGAACACAUCCGAUGCCAUCAACGCAGAGGGCUUCACUGACAUCGACCUUGACACGCUGGUGGCCGUGCUGGAGCGCGACACGCUGGGCAUCCGGGAGGUUCGUUUGUUCGGAGCCGUGGUUCGCUGGUCGGAGGCUGAGUGUCAGAGGCAGCAGCUGCAGGUGGUGCCUGAGAACAAGAGGAAGGUGCUGGGCAAAGCGCUGGCGCUCAUCCGCUUCCCACUGAUGACGAUUGAGGAGUUUGCAGCAGGGCCGGCCCAGUCGGGGAUCCUGACGGACCGGGAGGUGGUCAGCCUGUUCCUGCACUUCACCGUGAACCCCAAACCGCGCGUGGAGUUCAUCGACCGGCCGCGCUGCUGCCUGCGGGGGAAGGAGUGCAGCAUCAGCCGAUUCCAGCAGGUGGAGAGCCGCUGGGGGUACAGUGGGACUAGUGACAGGAUAAGGUUCUCAGUGAACAAACGCAUCUUCGUGGUUGGGUUUGGGUUGUACGGCUCCAUUCACGGCCCCACAGACUACCAGGUGAACAUCCAGAUCAUCCACACGGACAGUAACACGGUGCUGGGGCAGAACGACACGGGCUUCAGCUGCGACGGCUCCUCCAACACGUUCCGUGUGAUGUUCAAGGAGCCCGUGGAGGUUCUGCCCAACGUCAACUACACGGCGUGCGCUACUCUGAAGGGCCCCGAUUCUCACUACGGCACCAAAGGGCUGCGCAAGGUGAUUCACGAAUCGCCCACCAGCGGCGCCAAGACCUGCUUCACCUUCUGCUACGCGGCCGGGAACAACAACGGCACUUCGGUGGAGGACGGACAGAUCCCAGAGAUCAUCUUCUACACAUAGUGCCGCCGCGGGGCCACGGCGCUGCGCCGCGCCCGCCUUCGGCUCGGAGCCCGACGGAGCCCAGAAGCGCCGCACCGAACCCCACCGCCGCAGGGCUGCGGCCGCCCCUUCGUCCCCCACCCGCGGCCGUGCUGAGCGUCGGCGCUUCUCCGCCUGCAGGGAGCGCGGAGGUGAGCGGCGCCGCUGGGGGGGGCUGAGCGCCGCGGGACGGACGAUGGCGGUGGGGUCGGAGCGGAGCCGCGGAGCUCCGGUUCGGCGCUGCGGGGACGUCGCGGGAGCCCGCGGGGUGGGACGUUCCGCUGCGGUGAUGCCCGGCAGCCGCAGCGCGGGCCGCGCUCGUGUUCUCCACGCGGGGCGGCUCAGUACGGCCAGUACCGAAAAAAUGCAACGAAAACCACGGCGGAAACAGCGAGCCCGACGGCGUGCGGGGCUGCGGGGCCCGGCCUCAGCGCGGCCUCACGGCGCCUCUCCCCGCCGCCGCUCUGCGGUUUCUCUCCCCGUCGGCAGCCGUGAGCCGUUCGCAGGGAGAGGAGCCCCGCGUGGCUCAGCGCCGGGCGGCUGCUGUACGUACAGGAAUGGCGCUCGCUGUCGGACUUCGCCCCUUUCCAAAAGUGUGAGGCGCUGCACCGCGUCACCCCCGAGCGGAGCUGGGGCCGCCCCCCCCCCCCCCGGCGCCGCACUGAAUGUAUCCGCUGCUCUGUCCCGUGUUCGCGCUCUGCUUUGGGCCGCGGCGCUGCGAUUUGUACAUAGGAGAUGAAUAAAGACCUUCGGUUGUCUUUAGGCAGCUCCUGGCGAA